AUGAGUAUGGAUUUUGAUCAUCUUGCUGAGAAGAAACAAGAACAGAAGGCUGCCGCUUGGUUGAACCUUUGGUUGAGCCGGAGCCCAGAAAUUCUGUCAAUGCAACUCGCUAAGAAACAUCGACCUGGUGAAACUGUAUCUGCGUGUCUAUGGAAAAGCGGUGCUUUCAAUAUAUGCUAUCGAGUCAGAUAUGAGGACGGACCAGAUAUAAUUGUUCGUUUCGCUGCCCUUGGAAGGGCUAUUCUCCGCCGGGAGAAAGUCCAAAUUGAAGUUGCAACAAUGAAGUACAUACGCAAGAAUACUUGGAUACCUGUUCCUGAAAUAUUCGGCUCCGGCAUCUGCUGGGCAGGCCCCUACAUUGUCAUGUCAUUUCUCGAAGGAGUACCAUUAUCACAGUUCCUCAAAGAUCCUUCUUCUGAAGGAAGGCCAGUCAUGAACCCGCAAAUAAGCGAUCGAAGCUUAAGAUGGGCUUAUCGUGAGAUGGCCACGCUUGUUCUCGAGUUGUCCAGACAUGAAUUCGAUUCUAUCGGUGCGCUUGAGGAGAAUGAGACGGGUUUCUUUGUCGCUAGGCGGCCUCUCACCUUGAACAUGAACGAGUUAAUGGUGUCUGCAAAUUUACCCGAAAAAGGUUUCCCCUCACACACUUUCAAAUCAGCGACGGACUACUUCAGCGCACUUUCUAUGCAGCAUUUAUCCCACCUUCGAUUACAGCAACGAGAUGCUGUCACCAGCGAAGAGGACUGCCGGAAGAAGUUCACCGCUCGUUGUUUAUUCUUGAAUAUUACAAAGAAUCUUUGGACCGAGUAUCCUCAAGGGCCAUUUCGGCUAUAUUGUGACGACUUUCGGCCUUCAAAUGUCUUGAUAGAUCUCGAUGAUUCCCAUGUCUCGGGUGUCAUUGACUGGGAGUUUACAUAUGCUGCGCCUGCCGAAUUUACAUGGGUAGCUCCUUGGUGGCUCUUACUGCAAAGCCCGGAGGACUGGGAGGGUGAUCUAAACCUGUUUCUGGCUCGAUAUUCUCCUAGACUUCAUGCCUUCUUGGAAGUCCUAAGUGACCAUGAAAGUAAGUUGAUAGAACAACAACUCCUCUCUAAGUCACAACGACUGUCUUCACGGAUGGAAGACUCUAUGGAAACUGGGUUAUUUUGGGUCUGCUUAGCAGCAAGAUACAGCUCUAUGUUUGAUGAAAUAUAUUGGACGUUUAUCGACCAUCGGUAUUAUGGGACCUUUACUUCUCUUGAUGACCGUAUACAGCUUUUGAACCAAGAGCAACGGCAAGAAAUGAACGAACUUGUGGAGCUCAAGACUGGUCAGUGCAAGGAUAAAGAGAGCUUUGAUGAUCACUAUCCGAUUGAUCUGUUACUUGAAUUAUGA